UCUCUUACACCAGCUGUCCAACCUUGCCUAACCUUUGGGUAACGCAGCAGAAUGUAUUCUAAAAGAUGUGGAAGGAGGGGUGUGUGUCUGUAACUUGAAAAACAAAACAUAGGAGUGUUAUUUAGAAGUCAUGCCAGUACUUUUGUGCUACUGUAAACAAAUCAAAUUAGCAGUGUUCUCUGGCAUGUAUGUCUUUUCAGAGUUAAUGUGCCAGAUGGUGGAUAUACCUUAGUCUUUAGUUUUUUAAAACUAUGAGUUUAGAUCAUGAAGCUUAGGCCGGAGUUGUUUCAACUUGUUGUAGGAAGCUAAAGUGAGAGAGGACUAUGUAGAAUAUGCAAAACUUUGCUGUGUAGUUGUUGAGAUUUUAGGUUAGACGCAUUGCCUAGUGCUGGUAUAGAGUCACUGACCUACUUGAGAAACUCUGUUUAAAGACCUUUAAUAAGUGUGAGACCCUUGAGAUGUUUUGGACUAUGAUUCUUAGGAUUCCUGAGUAUUGUCCAUGCUGGCUGGGGCAGGUGAGAAUUUGUUUAUUUAUUUAUUACAUUUAUAUCCUGCCUCUUUUCCUUUCAAGAAACUCAAGGUGACUUGCAUAAUGCUCCUUCUCUCAAGUUUAUCCUCGUAAGUACAGCCCUGUGAGGUAGGUUAGGCUGAGAGUCUGUGACUGGCCCAGAGUCACCCAUGGCAGAGCAGGAUUAGAACCAGAUCCCCAGUCCAACACAAAUCACUAUGCCACUGUGGCUAGCAGGCUGAAGUGCGCUACAUCUGUGGGGAGCAGGUUGGAAAAUCUGGAUCAGUACAAAACACCUGGUUUUGUCAGAAUUCAGUAUUUGUUCUUUCUUAAUCAACCUAAGUUGAGCUGAGAUGGUAGCAUUUUUUCAACCUUAACAGUGAUGGUCAGCACAGAAAGUAAUGAAAACAUGUAAAGAGUUUCUGGAAAGGCCCACCUGUUCAUCAGUCAGAAGCUGUGCAAACUUCAUAGUCUGAUCAAAAUUUUGUAGUGCUUUCCUGAGCAUGAAUUCAGAAUGAAGCGGCGAUUGGAGGAACAGGAGUCACCUGUCUAUGCGUCACAGCAGAGACGUAUUGCUAGCAACACAGAACCUUUUCAACACCAGCAUCGUGUGCUUGCUCCAGCACCUCCCGUAUAUGAGUCUGUUUCAGAGACCAUGCAAUCUGCUACUGGAAUCCAGUACUCUGUAACUCCUAGCUACCAGGUGUCAACUGUACCACAGAGCUCCAGCAGUCAUGGGCCUACUCUGGCCACUGUCCACAGUGGGCAUCACCACCCCACUCCAGUCCAGCCUCAUGGAAGCCAGGUGGUGCAGAGCCAUGCUCACCCAACACCCCCAGCAGCACCAGUGCAGGGCGGGCAGCAGUUCCAGAGACUUAAGGUGGAAGAUGCGCUGUCUUACCUUGACCAAGUGAAGCUGCAGUUUGGUAGCCAGCCUCAAGUGUACAAUGACUUCUUGGACAUAAUGAAAGAGUUCAAAUCACAAAGCAUUGAUACUCCAGGAGUGAUAAGCCGCGUGUCUCAGUUGUUCAAAGGCCACCCUGAUUUGAUCAUGGGCUUCAACACCUUCCUACCCCCCGGCUACAAAAUUGAAGUGCAGACUAAUGAUAUGGUGAAUGUAACAACACCGGGACAGGUUCACCAGAUCCCAGCCCAUGGCCUCCAGCCCCAGCCCCAGCCCCAGCCGCAGCACCCGUCUCAGCCAUCGGCACAGUCUGCCCCGACCCCAGCGCAGCCAGCCCCGCAGCCUCCACCUGCCAAGAUCAGCAAGCCUUCCCAACUGCAGACACAUACGCCAGCCAGCCAACAGACGCCCCCAAUCCCCUACGCUUCCCCUCGUUCCCCACCAGUGCAGCCCCACACGCCUGUGACAAUCUCCCUGGGAACCACGCCGUCCCUCCAGAAUAACCAGCCCGUUGAGUUCAAUCAUGCCAUCAACUAUGUGAACAAGAUCAAGAAUCGUUUUCAGGGACAGCCGGACAUUUACAAAGCUUUCUUGGAAAUACUUCAUACCUAUCAGAAAGAACAGCGGAACGCCAAGGAAGCAGGCGGCAAUUACACACCAGCACUAACUGAGCAGGAGGUCUACGCUCAGGUGGCCCGGCUCUUUAAGAACCAGGAGGACCUACUCUCAGAAUUUGGGCAGUUCCUGCCUGAUGCAAAUAGUUCUGUUCUGUUAAGCAAGACAACUGCCGAGAAAGUGGAGUCUGUGAGGAAUGACCAUGGAGGCACAGUCAAAAAACCGCAGCUUAACAGCAAGCAGCAAAGACCUAACCAGAACGGUUGUCAGAUCCGGAGGCACACCUCAGCUGGGACAACUCCUCCCGUGAAGAAGAAACCAAAGCUCCUUAAUUUGAAGGACCCAUCAGUGGUAGAAGCUGGUAAACAUGGAACAGAAUCUCUGUUCUUUGACAAGGUUCGCAAGGCUCUUCGCAGCACAGAAGCAUAUGAGAAUUUCCUCCGUUGCCUGGUUAUUUUUAAUCAGGAGGUUAUCUCGCGAGCUGAGCUUGUGCAGCUAGUUUCUCCAUUUUUGGGAAAAUUCCCAGAGCUUUUCACUUGGUUUAAAAACUUUCUAGGCUAUAAAGAGUCCGCACACAUGGAGACCUUUCCCAAGGAACGGGCUACAGAGGGCAUAGCAAUGGAGAUAGACUAUGCUUCCUGUAAGAGGCUGGGCUCUAGCUACAGAGCCUUGCCAAAGAGCUACCAGCAGCCAAAGUGCACAGGUCGGACCCCGCUGUGUAAGGAGGUUUUGAAUGACACUUGGGUCUCCUUUCCAUCAUGGUCUGAAGAUUCUACAUUUGUGAGCUCCAAGAAGACUCAGUAUGAAGAGCACAUCUACCGGUGUGAGGAUGAACGAUUUGAGCUGGAUGUUGUCUUGGAGACCAAUCUAGCAACCAUCAGAGUCCUGGAAACAAUACAAAAGAAACUGUCCCGCUUAUCAGCUGAAGAGCAAGCCAAAUACCGACUGGACAAUACAUUAGGUGGCUCCUCCGAAGUUAUCCACCGCAAGGCUUUGCAAAGGAUAUACGCGGACAAGGCAACUGAUAUCAUCGACGGGCUUAGGAAGAAUCCUGCUGUUGCAGUUCCGAUUGUGUUGAAAAGGUUAAAAAUGAAAGAAGAAGAAUGGAGAGAAGCCCAGAGAGGAUUCAAUAAAGUGUGGCGGGAGCAGAAUGAGAAAUACUACUUGAAGUCCCUCGACCACCAAGGGAUCAACUUCAAACAGAAUGACACCAAGGUCUUAAGGUCCAAGAGUCUUCUCAGUGAAAUAGAGACUAUUUAUGAUGAGAGGCAAGAACAGACCUCUGAAGAGAAUGCCGGUCCUCACCUGUCGUUGGCCUACGAGGACAAGCAGAUCCUGGACGAUGCGUCCUCUCUCAUCAUUCACCACGUGAAGCGCCAGACCGGCAUCCAGAAAGAGGACAAGUACAAAAUCAAGCAAAUUAUGUACCACUUCAUCCCUGACCUGCUCUUUGCUCAGAGGGGGGAGCUCUCCGACGUGGAGGAGGAGGAGGAGGAGGAGAUGGAUGUGGACGAAGGCUCCGGGGCCGUGAAAAAACACAACGGUGUCGGGAGCAGCCCCCCCAAAGCCAAGCUGCUGUUCAGCAACACGGCAGCCCAGAAGCUGCGCAGCAUGGAUGAGGUCUACAACCUCUUCUACGUGAACAACAACUGGUACAUCUUCCUCCGCCUGCACCAGAUCCUGUGCUUGCGCUUGCUGCGAAUAUAUACCCAGGCUGAGCGGCAGAUAGAAGAGGAAAACCGGGAAAGGGAAUGGGAGCGGGAAGUGCUGGGCGUAAAGCGAGACAAGAGUGACAGUCCUGCCAUCCAGUUGCGGCUGAAGGAGCCCAUGGACAUUGAUGUGGAAGACUAUUACCCCGCUUUCUUAGAUAUGGUGCGGAACUUGCUGGAUGGUAACAUGGACUCUUCCCAGUAUGAAGAUUCUCUUCGGGAGAUGUUUACCAUUCAUGCCUACAUUGCCUUUACCAUGGACAAGCUGAUUCAGAGCAUCGUGAGACAGCUUCAGCACAUAGUGAGCGACGAAAUCUGUGUGCAGGUAACAGAGCUCUAUCUGUCUGAAAGCAACAAUGGAGCUACUGGAGGCCUGUUGUCCUCUCAGUCGUCUCGGUCCCUCAUGGAAACCGCAUACCAGCGCAAAGCUGAGCAGCUUAUGCAAGACGAGAACUGCUUUAAGUUGUUGUUCAUUCAGAGCAGAGGCCACGUUCAGCUAACCAUUGAGCUGCUUGACACAGAAGAGGAGAAUUCUGAUGAUCCUGUUGAGGCAGAGCGUUGGCCUGACUAUGUGGAUCGGUACGUCAUCGCUGAUUCUACCUCUCCCCAGUUGCGGGAACAGUUGGCCCAAAAGCCUGUUUUUCUGCCAAGGGGCUCUCUGCUUUACAGGAAUCUGAGAAGGAUCCGGAAGUGUCAGCGGGGUCGGGAGCAGCAGGAGAAGGAUGGGAAAGAGGGGCUCAGUAAGAAAACCCCGGAGAAUAUGGACAGCUUGAACAAGCUGGAGUGUAAAUUCAAGCUGAACUCCUAUAAAAUGGUCUAUGUGAUCAAAUCGGAGGAUUACAUGUACAGGAGGACCGCUCUGCUACGUGCCCAUCAGUCCCACGAAAGAGUGAGCAAGAGGCUGCACCAGCGAUUCCAGGCCUGGGUGGACAGGUGGACCAAGGAGCACGUGACCCGCGAGAUGGCAGCUGAAACGAGCAAGUGGCUCAUGGGGGAAGGCCUGGAGGGCCUGGUGCCUUGCACAACUACCUGUGAUACGGAGGACCUGCACUUUGUGAGCAUUAACAAGUACCGCGUCACGUAUGGCACAAUAUUCAAGACACCCUAAACUCCCGUAGGGAGGUGGAAAUGUCGGCGUGUGUGAGGGCGCCCGUCCGUCUGUGCGUGCCGUGUGCGCACGCACCGAGAAAAGCAAGGAAGAUGCCUUCCUCCCCUCCCCCCUUGCCGUGUAUCUCCGUAACGACAGCCACUUCUUGACUAAUGCAUAGCUGGAGCAUCCUAUCGCCCCAGUGGGGUCGCUUUGGGAACUGUAAAUCCUGAGGACGGAAGCUGGAACUGUUGCCAAGGGGCUGAGAUUGCUGUGCAUGCACCGUGGCGCGAGGGGCGUGGGGAUGUCCGAGUAGCUGUAGAGAAACCCACCUUGCCUGUACACACCAGCGUUCUCCAACAACGUGGGCAUCAAGGACAUUGGGGUGCUUUUCCAGAUUUGGUGCAUUUAACUCCCCCUCCUCUCCUAGGCCCACCUUCUCCCCCCCCCCCCAAAAAAAGAAAGAAAAAGUCUUACGGCCACAAUAUCCUAGGAAUCCCAGAAAUACCUGGUCACCUGAAUCGACAGGACCAGCCAGCAGACUUUCUAGAAUCUUCCAUCCACUUGCUGGGCUCAACAUCCAGAUGUUGGGAACAGCAGCUCAUGAAUCCGACCCCUCAACUCUUCUUCCUGUUCUUCCUCACCAGUUUCCUUCCAGUGACCCGGACUUCUGACUUUCAUAAACCAAUUAAGAUCAGUCUGUUGUUUUUAGUGCCAGUGGAACUAUUGUUUUUAUUUUGUUUCGUUUCGUUUUGAUUUGUUUUAUUUUUGGACCUGCUUGUUUACUAGUCUUUCUUAGUGCCAUGCAGCAGCUUUUCACACAAACCCCUCUUUCCCCACACUCACACCAUCACACAGACGUACAGUACUAUACAGACACGCACUCUCACGAUAGCACCAAGCAAUUUUAAACUGUUUUCCCUUCUUUUUUGUAAAUAAAUGUACAUAUUUGUCAAUUUUUUGUUUUUUAUUAAAGAAAAAGUAUGCUUGAUGUGCUAGUAUAACUGUACUAGCUUCUUGUGUACCUUAGUACCAGGGUGGCUUCAGGUUUUAGUACCUACAGACAAGAGCGGUGGAUACAUUUUAUUACACUUUCUACCAAAGGGAGUUAUCAUUAUAGUGCUUUGUGUGGAAACUUGUUUCACCGUUUUGUAAAAAAACAAAAACAAAAAACAAUCAGAACCCUCAAAAAGUAACAAUAACAGCAGCAACAAUAAUAGUGCAUCUUGGUUCUUACGAGAGAAAGAUGUGUGCUUGCCAGAACCCUCACCCUGUUCUGAGAGGUGCAUUGCUACAGAUUUGGGCAGGGGGACAUCAGACCCACCGAUAGGUCUCGGCUUCACAGUAUAGGAUGAAAAAGGGUGUGUGUGCUAGUGUGAGAGCGAGCGAGAGAGCAGUGAGUGUGUUGUGGUUUAACACGACUGUAUUUUAAGCAGCCUGUUUGAUAUACGAAUAUACUAUAUAUAUAUAAAUAUAUAUAUAAAUAUAUUUUCUUUUUCAUUUCGUCUUUGGUGGCUAGCCUUUUCAUCCACCUGGUCUUCCAGCUCGGGGAAUCAGCACUUUCGGGAAGUGUUGCUGAGCUACCUAUUUGGGGUUGAUAGUGCUUUUAUGUGUGCUUCUUCUCAGUAUUGAAGAAAAUAUCCUAAAUACCAAACCAGUAUUUAACAGAGCUGCUUUACUGUCUGUGUGUGUGUGAGAGAGAAAGAGAUCGAGAGACGUAACUGUAGAAGCAGGAGCAUGAAAACUUAGAGGGUGGGUUUUUGCCAUUUCUCUAGUGACAUACAAGCAGGGAUACCUUUCUUUUUUUUCUUUCCUUUUUUAUGGAAAGCUCAGCGAUGGCAGACAUGUAAACAGACGAUAAGGGAGUCAUUUUGAAAGCAGAUAAUACAGAUAAGCAGCACAAACCUGGCAGCGUGUGCGUCUGUCUUCAAGGAGGUGUGGUUCCCUUGUGCAAAGCGACAAAGCCACGAAGCCUUGACCAGCAUGGCUUGCGGGCUUUUGUGGUUUCCCCAGGCCUGUGAAUGUAACCCUGUGCAGGCAAGUAGCUCUCCCCUCCUCUCAGAACAGUGUUGUCGCGGUCCAAGGCAAAGAGGCGAAGAGGAGGAAACAUGACCUUUCCUGCAGUUCAGGAGAGAUGGAGCAGAAGGCAGGUGGAAGGAUAGGCCCCUAGCAGAAAGUGGGUACCCGCAGGGGCGACAGGGCGGUGCCGAUGGAAACAGUGAGCAGAAGCCCACCUGGGGGGUUUGUAACAGUAUGCCAGCAAUAAGCUAAGCUAACUCCACGUCUGCUUCCCUCGCUCUGUUGAAAGAGGGGUCAUGGGGGCAGGAGGACAGCGCCGCGCCUCCUGUUCCGUUUUGCUUAUAUGCUUUCCCCACUCCCCACUCUCAGCAUCCCUCCAGCUGUUUUCUCAUUGGUGAGUCUUUAAAAAUCGGUUUAGACUUCUUCUUUUUUACCAAGUUGCAAAGCAGCAGAUCCUGCCGCUUUGCCAAGCAUGUUUGCCCAGUUGUGAUCUUCAGGAUGGGAAGACCAGGGGGGAUUUUUCACUGCCCGGUGUGUUUGGGGGAAAGAAAAGGCACACCCCACAGAGGAGAUCACUUCCCUCCUGUAGCGGGGUUCAUAGUGGAGCUUUUCUCUCUCUCUUCCCCCCAGUCCUGACAUCCAGCGUCUGAGCUCUAAGCUCUGUUUCUGGCCUGUACAAAUAGCAAAGGUUUUCCUUAUUUUAAAUUGCUUUUUGUAUUCUGUAAUGUGAUCCUUUUUGCCACCUAUUCAUGUGAUGAUUUCUAUACAGAUGUUGUAAACUUGACUGUAGUGCAGUAUUUCCAUUAAAAUACCAGGGCUA